AUGGCCGAACAAGCUAGUUCCGCGUUUGGUAACGCGUCUUCUAUUAGUACCAGGUUAGUAAAUAAAUUAUAUUUUUAUAUUCAUAUUACUGUAAAAUAAAUUGAAAUUGUCUACAGGAGGGGAAAUAUAGAAGGAAAUACUAGAUCUAGAACUGGUUCUCGUAAAGAUAAUAAAAAAAGUACAAAUAUUCAAGAAGAUACUACAUCAAAUUUAGAUAAUACUGCAACAUCGUAAGUCCUAAAGUUGUUUUUCAUUAAAAUAAUAAGUAAAAUAGAAUUAAUUUUAAAAUGUUUUUUCAUGUUAUUUGCCUGCGCUGUAUGCCUUUCAGAUCUGUGAGUGAAUCUACUGCAUCUGUUCCAAGUAACCGUAAAAAUAAAUCAAACACUAGAACAACUCGAACCAGUACUUCUAAUUCAUUAACAGUAAGUUAACCUGUUGUUUUUAUAAAAAAGUGAUAAUAUUUUUUAAUAAUUAAAUUUAAAUGCUUGUAAGUGAUUUUAAAGUAUAUAAAUAAAGUUUAAUAUAGAUUUGAUAUCUAUACGCAGUUAUAAAAAUAUACUAUCUUGUAAAUUUAUUUUAACGCUGUGUCUAUACGUCUGACAAUGGUCGGUAUGAUAAGGAACACCUCACCAGAAAAAAAAAUACAUAUUAUUCACACAAUGGGUGGACCAUUGUUGUAGGUAAAAAGUUGGGAAAGUAGAAUGUAGAAGAAAAUAUUGUGUUUUUAUAUAUACAACAAUUCAUUGCUAACAAAAAAAACUAUUUUGAGUGGAUUUUGGUUAUACAUGUUUUAGAGGCCUGUCUAGUGGUCGGUCUAAUGAUUUUAUUCACAAAGUACGUAUCUAUCGAAUAAAUAUUACGCAAAGAACUAGCAAAAUUAUAAUAUUAUUGAUCUCAAAUAUUAUGAAAAUUAUACUAAAAUAUAACUAACAAUAGUAUAAUACAUUAUUAUUUAUACAUAGGUACUCAGUUUUGUUAAUUACGUAUUAAAAUUAAAUUAAAAAAUAUAAAUUUUCUAAUUAAUAAGAAACUGCACCUUUAUGCCACAAUUUUUUUUUUUUUAAUAUCAAAAAUGCUUUUUGUAAUAACCUUGUAUAUUUAAAUCAUGGUUCUAAUUGUAUUGGUUUUACUGACCAUAGUCUGACACAUAUUAUGAAACCAUGGUUAGGCGUAUAGAUAUAGCGUUAUUUCAAAUGUCAUUAUUUUUAUUAUAACUAUUUUUUCUAUUAAAUAUGACCUAUCAAUUUUUGAUGAUCCGAUGUCAAAUUAAUAUAUAUAUUUGAAUGUUCUUAAAUCUACGAGUACUUAUUAGUACCUAUAAAAAUAUUUAAAAAAUGUGUACUAUUCUGUUAUCUUCACUACUGAUAUAUUUCCAAAACUAUCUGCUAUAAUAAAUUGUUAUGUUCCUUUACUUAUUAUUUAUAUUAUUAUAUUAUUUCAUUGUUUAUUAUUCAUAAAAAUACUUUUUCAAUUUAAUAAUUCUGUGGUUGGAUUUUUUUCCGGGAUUUCGUGUCUAUACGCCUAUGUAUAAUAACAAGAGUCGGUAAAUCAUUAUUUUUUCUUAACUUUUUGAUGUAUGGAAAUCAUUUUUCACAUUACUUAUCAUCAAACUAUACAUAAUUUUAUAAACAGUACUAAUUUUACAAAAACCUGGAAAUUAUUUCACUGAACCCGUAGUCCAUAGAUUUAUAUGUAAAACCAGAGUAUCUGGAUGAAACCCAGAGAGGCGACAACCUUAAUGACAAUGGACGUUUGCUACAUACAUUUUUUUUUUUAAAUUAAAUAAUAUAUCCGUAUGUGUGUUAACUUUUUUAUUAAAAUGCAGCAAUUAUGGUAAUAGAAUUGAUUAUAGCAGCUAUUUUUGGAAAUAUUUUGGUAGUCAAUAUAAGUUAGUAUCAACAAUUUUAAAAAGCUUUCAUGUUUAUUAAUUAAAAAAUGAAUAGAUGCAUUUUUUAAAUUUUUACAAUCAAUAAUGUUUGUAUUUAUAGCACAAAGAACCCGGUCCAAGUAGAAAAUCAACAUCAGUGAAAUCACCUAAAUUAAGUAAGUCUAUUUUUAAAUUUAUUUUCUGCCUACCUACAUAAUUUAAAUGUAGAGUAAUUCUACCAGUCUUUGACAAUUUAACAGUAGAGUAUUUGGAUACAUUUAUUUUAUUGUAACAUUUAUAACCUCAUAAAUCUUUUAGAGAAGAGUAAGUGUGGCAAGCUGUGAGAGCAUUGUAAAAUAAAUAAAAUUUUGUAGGUCCAGAUAAUGUAUUAGUGAAUGUGUUGAAAAUGAUAGUAGAGCUAGACAAAGAUCUUUUCAAUAAGGUGGUUGUAAAGGGAAAACUUCAGACAAGUGAAAGAAGGAAUGAAAGAUAUACCAGAGUGUGGAAAAUAUAAAGGAAUAAAAUUGAUUAUUAUAAAGAAAAUAUAUAUGGUAAUAAAUUAUAGAAAAUAGAGUUAAAGGUGAGACAUCAAUACCUAAGAACCAGUUUGGUGUUCUAUAUCAGGAAUAUCGACAAUAGAACCUGUGUUUGAUAUGAGAUAGAUUGUAGAAAAAUCCAGAGAGAAGAUAAAAAACUGAUGUAUGGUUUUUAUAGAUUUAGAGAAGACAUAUAAAAGACUGCUGAGAGAGUUUCUAAUCUGGACGUUAAUGAGGAAAGGAGUUCUGAGAUUGUAUAUUAGUUUGAUGAAGAUAGUAAUGAAGGUUUAAAUAUGAGUGUAAGAAGUGUGAAAGGAAUAACAGAAGAUUUUGGUGUUUUUAGUAGGUGUAUCUGGUAGGUCUUGAGUCCUUGCUUUUUAUAUACAAAGUGUGUUGUCAUGGUGCAUAUUUGCAGAAAAUAUAUUUUUGAUACCGAAAAAUCUAAAAAAAAUUAACAAUGGUCUUGAUAAAUGGAGCACUUGAAAGAAAGAGACAAAAGAUAAGUAGAAAUUCAGAUUAUGAGUUUCUUAGUGGGCCAUGUAGACCCAUCGCUGCCACCACUAUAAUAUUCACAUCCUUUAAUUGCAUAUUUGCAUAGAUCAUUACUACAUCCUUCCAUCUUGUUUGGGGCCUUCCUAUAGGUCUUUUACCUACAAAUUCUGUCUUCUGUGACUCAUUUUAAAGUUUUUCCAUCUGCCCUCAAAACAUGUCCAGCUCAUUCUAUCCUCUUGCUUUUACUGUACGAUAAUAUAUUUGAUCUUCCAUACAUACUUAGCAAGUCAUUAUUAUAUUUCUUUCAUACAUUCUCAUUUCUAUAUUAUAUUCUGGGCCAAAUAUUUUUCUGAGCACUUUCCUCUCAGUUGUGUACUUAAUUUAUUGUUGUCACCUUUUGUAGUAGCCCACGUCCCACAGCCAUAUGUCAACACUGGUCUCAAGUAACUUGUAUAUAAAGAUUCUCUAGAUCCUAUAUGAUAUAAAACAUGCAAUUUACAGCUUCAUUAUUAAGGGGAUUAAAAAAAAAAAAAAAAAGUUUUGUAUAUUUUUUUAAAGUUCAUAAAUAAAAUUGUGAAUUAUUUUAUUAUGUACAUACAUAUAUAUUUUUUAGUAUUAGAUAUUUUGGUCUAUAAAAUAAUUGUUAAGUAAAAAUGUAUAUUUAUAUAUUUUUUUAAAUUUAUAAUAGAAAAACAAAAAGGGUCUCCUACUGAAAAUAGAUAUCCACUGCGUAGUAAAUCAAAAGUGUCUACACGCGCUGAAGAAAACAUAACAAACGAAAUUUCUACUCAAGAAAUAGAACCUUCACCAAAUAAACGUCCAAAAUUAGAACUUCCUACGCUGGGUAUGUUCAGACUUAAUGUUAUAAUUUUUUUUUAUUAUAAAUGCAUAUUUAUUUUAUUUGGUGUUUGAUAAUAUUUAUAAAACAUUUGUAUUUUGUUUAAUUUAAAUAUCUGAAUAUUUCAUUAUUUUAAGGUGCGUCUUCAAGUCAAAGUAAGAACAGGGCGGAAAAUAAUUUACGCGCGUCUUUACCGCUGCGUAGGAAACGCGGAAGACCAACAACGGGGUCUUGUGCUAGUAGCAGGUAAUAAUAUAUUAUUUUACAUUUGUAUCAAUUAAAUAUUUAUAAUCAAGGCUUAGAUUUUAUAGCACCAAAAUAACUGAUAUAUGCAUUAUAAUAUGACCUAAGAAAUCUUAAAAUAAGCUAUAAAAUUCCAUAAAAACCUGAAAAAUGGCUAAAAAAAAAAUAAUUUUUCUUUGAAUAUAACUGAAAAAAGUUGUAAAUGUAAAUUGUUUGAUGAGUCAAUAAGCUGAGCUACUUAAAAAUAAGAUAAUUUGAAAUUAAAAUUUAGGUAUUUUUCUUAUGGAUUCAUAUAAAUGAAAGAUUUUUUCUACUAUUUAUAAAAAAUACAAAAUAAAUCAUUAUAUUAUGCAUACUAGUGAAAAAUAGCAUUAUAAAAUUUCAUAUUUGGAGUCCUUGGCACAUAAAACAAAUAUAAAGCUCACUGCUAUUUUUAUCUAUAUAAUAAUUAGCAAAUCCUAGCCCUCUUAUAAUAGUUACAAAUAAAUUGUAAUUGUUAUAAUAUAUUUUUCAAUGAUUAAUUUUAAUAAUUUUAAGUCGCCGCGGUAAUACCAAAGCGAGUGGAAGAGAAACUGCAGAAGUGGCUAUGGAAGGAGUGGUUGAAGGGGAUGGAAUGGCCGAAGGCACCGAUAAUCUAAAUCUAAUAGCUUCUACAUCUAGUUCAAUUAGUACUAAUGCUCCUGAUAUGGCUACAUCAUCAUCCACUACUACUAAUACAAAUCCAUCUUCUUCUGGCACACAAGCUACUGGAGGUGGUAUAAACUGUAAUUAUAUUUAAACUAUUUAUUAUAAUUCUCAAUAUUAAAUUUAAAAAAAAAAUGUAAUAAUUUUCUUUUAGUACCUACUGCAUGGAGUAGUGGCACUGCGAGUCAUGACAGUGAAGAAGAAGGAGAAGUUGGACGUUUACAAGCAUUAUUAGAAUCUAGAGGAUUACCACCUCAUUUAUUUGGCGCGUUAGCCCCUCGUAUGCAUCAUUUAUUUAAUCGAUCUAUGGGUGCUGCUUCUACAAGUAUGAAUUGAUAAUAAAUUAAUACAUUUAUUUUUAUUAGAUAUUUUAUAUUUACUUAUAAAUACUUUAAUAUAAUACUGUUUUUGAUUUAUAGCAUCUAAAGCUCAACAAUUAUUACAAGGAAUGCAAGCUACAGGAGAUGAAGGGCAGCAACUUCAAGCAGUUAUUGAAAUGUGCCAAAUGUUAGUUAUGGGUAAUGAAGAUACAUUAACAGGAUUUCCUGUGAAACCUGUAGUCACUGCAUUGAUAGUUUUACUUUCAAUGGAACAUAAUUUUGAUAUGGUAAGUAAACAAGUAAGAGUUAAAUAUUUCUGUUAUUAGACAUUUUUAAAACAAUUUUUUUUUUUUUUUUUGGAGUGGGGUAACAGGUUAGAUUUUGAAUAAGAUUAAAAUUGAAUCUUUUAUUUUUCAUUUUUAAUUAGUUAAUCUUGAAAAAUUUCUUUAACUUUAUGUGAAAAAUUAGGUAUAUAUUAUUUAUUAUAGCAGUAUUUAAAAAUUAAUAAUAAAAACUUUGUAUAACUUAACUACAUUUUAGUAUAAGUAGCAUCAUAUAAUUAAUAUAUCUUAUAUUUAUUUUUUUAAUAACAAUAUUUUAUCAAGUAUGUGUGUUUUCAGUUGGUGCAAUAUUUAAAAAAAUAAUUGUAUAAUUUUAACUUUUAAUAAUUAUAACUAUAUUUAGAUGAAUCAUGCUUGUCGUGCCUUGACAUAUAUGAUGGAAGCACUACCACGUUCUUCAGCUGCUGUUUUAGAUGCUGUUCCGGCUAUGUUGGAUAAACUACAAGCAAUUCAAUGUAUGGAUGUAGCUGAGCAAUCCUUAUCUGCUUUAGAAAUGCUAUCAAGAAGACAUGGCCGUUCUAUAUUACAAUCUGUAAGUAUUUAAUAUAUAUAAUCAGCAAAGAGAUCCGAAGUAAAUAUAAUUAUUUUUCUAGUCUCUAUGAUUUAUUGAAUUCAAUUUUAAUAUUCAAAUUAAAACUAAAUAAAUGGUUAAAUUUAUCAUUUUUAUUAUUUUUGAUACUAACAAUUAAUCUUAUAAUAAAGACAUUAUAUUCAAUAUUUAUGGCAUUUUUUUAUUUUGUUUUUAGAGUGGUGUGGCUGCUUGUUUAACUUAUAUAGACUUUUUUAGUAUUAAUGCCCAACGAGCAGCUCUGGCUAUCACUGCAAAUUGUUGUCAAAACAUGAAUGCUGAUGAAUUUCACUAUGUUUCCAAGUCAUUAACAUUACUGUCAGGUCGUGUAACUCAACAGGUGUGUAAUAUUUAAUUAACAUACAGUAAAUUUUUCUAUUUAAUUUCAAUUUAAUUGAAUGAAUUAAUUUGGAUCAGGAUAAAAAAAGUGUAGAAAGCGUCUGCUUAGCAUUUAGUCGUCUUGUUGAGAAUUUUCAAUCUGAUUCAAAUAAAUUAAUAGAAAUUGCAAGUGAUGAACUUCUAACUAACCUUCAACAAUUGGUAAAUUAUUUAUGUUUAUAUUUAUAUAAUAAAUACAAUAGUUCGAUUUUUAUUCUACUUUAUUAUUUAGGUUGUAGCCUCACCUCCUGUUAUGAGUACAAGUACAUUUAUUAUGGUGUUGAGAAUGAUGUCUACUUUAUGUACAAACUGUCCAGAGUUGUCUCAAACUUUAUUAAAAAAUAACAUUGCUGAAACUCUUGGUUAUCUUCUUACUGGAUCUCCUUCUCCAGAACUUACACAGGUAUUGUUUUACAUACUUCCUUAUAACAUAAAAUAUUUGAUUACAAUUGUAUAUCAAGAAUAUGCAAAAACACAUGUCUAUCUUAUAAUUACCAUUUGUUGUAUUGUGUAAACAUAGUGCUAUACUUUGAAUUAUUACUCAACACAUGUAUAUAUUAUUACCAAAUACUAGUAUUUUCUGAUCAAAUUGUCAAAUUGGUAAUCAAUUUUUUUUUUUUAUAACUGGGACAAGGUCUAUUUGAAUAAAUAUUAAUUUAGAGUCCAAUGAACUGUUUAAAAAUCAAAAUGAUCAUAAUUUAUAUCUUAAGCCACAAGUUAUUAUUAUUUUUUAUUGAUUUUUCUUAAAAAAAAUUACUGACAGUUUAAAAUGAAUCUUUUAAAUGGCUUAUGUUUUUUUUAUUUUUAAUUAUUAAAAUAAAACAUUUUUUUCUUUUAUAAAUAUAUAAUUUGUAGUAUAGGUAAUGUUUUUUUUAAUAUUGGUAUUGCAAUAGUAAACUGAUUCACGAUAUUCUAAUUUUUCAUAAACAAAUAAAAUUAUAAUAACAAUAUUUACUUUAUUUAAUAAAUACUAAGUAUUAGAUAAACAAAAUAAAUUUAUUUAUGAUAGUUAGGGGGGCGCCAAAAACCAUAAGUAUCAUAUGUAUAUUGUAUACUGGACAUCAUAUUCAAGUUCUAUUAAAUGAUUUUUGAAGAGGUCAUCAUAAAUUGAAAACAAAAAUUACAAUUUGUAAAAGUUUGAAAACCACUGAUGUAGACCAGUGUUUAUUAACCUGGGAGUUGCCAAAAAUAUAAAAUAUUGGGUCUCCAUGUAUAAAAUAUAUAUUUAAGGACCGCUAGAAUAUUAAAUAUUCAUUUAUGGGUUCGCGACUGUAAAAAGGUUAAGAAACACUGAUCUAGACUAUUUAGUUUUGGGUAAUUCCAUUUAAUCAUAAAGAAAUAUGCUGGUAUGUAAAUUUAGGUAAAAAUUGUAUUGACAUUAAAGUUUAUAGUGAAAAAUCUUUGUAGACUCUUAUAUAAACUAGUACUAUUUGUUAUUAUUCAUUUUUUUUUUCCAUAGAUUGAAUUACUUCCAAGAAGUUCCCAAGAAUUAUAUGAAGUGACAUGUCUUAUUGGUGAACUUAUGCCUAAAUUGCCUUCAGAUGGAUUAUUUUCAGUUGACAGUCUUCUUGAUCGUAAUGGUGUUUAUGGUGCAAUUCCAGGAUCGGGGUCAUCUCAACAAACGGUUCAGUGGCAAUGGAGAGACGAUAGAUCUAUGUGGCAUUCUUAUACAUCAUUAGACUCAAGAAUAAUUGAAGUACAGUAAACUUUUUGUGUUUUAUUUUUGUAAUAUUAGUAAUUUUGGGAAAAAAAAAAAAUAUUUGUAUUCAAUAUUCUUGGAUAUUUAUUUUUAUAUAUCGAUGAUAACUAGUUGAAAACUAAUGUAUAUAUUCAGGUAGCACAUCAAGCUGGAGAAGACGAAGUUCUUUUAAGUCAUGCUCCUUAUACAAUUGAUCUUCAUUCUAUGAGACAAAUUAAUGAAGAUACAGGUACAACUCGGCCUAUCCAACGCAAAGUUUUGUCCAAUGCAUCAUCUUUGAAUAAUAAUCAACAAUCAGUAUCUACUACAGACAUAGAAACAGUUGUUGCAUCAUUUGGGUAAUAUAUAAUUUGUAUUUAAAAUUUGCAGAUUAGAAUAUAAGUAAUACUUAAGCAUUACUUAAUGCUAGAUAUGGUUAGGAAAAUAUAACAACUUACAUAUUGUGCUGUAUAGUAGGGAGUUUAAAAAUUGUAUAUUUAAAAUGCAUAGUUCAUGGAUUUUCUCGUGCAUAUUUUAUAUGAUCAUGUGCUGCUAUAAUUAUUGACUAUAAGUUAUUGUAAAUCUUUUUAUCUACUUUUCAGUUCAAUAAAAAGCCAACUAGAUUUUCACCAUAUUUUAAUCAAUUUUACAUAAUCAAUUUGCUAUUUUACAUUUUACAUUUUUUUUUUUUUUUUUUACUCAUAACUUCCAAGGUUUGAAGAUGUUCACAUUAUACAAUAAUAAUAUGUUUAUUUUUUUUACUGUAUUUAUAAAUAUUUGUUAUUUAUUUUAUUUUAGUGAAAAUGAAUUGGCUGGAGCAUUUGUACGUUUACUUUUCAGUAUAUUAUAUGAAGUUUAUAACAGUUCAGCUGGUCCUUUAGUCAGAUAUAAAUGUCUACGUGCAUUAUUGCGCAUGGUUUAUUAUUCUCCAGCAGAAUUACUUUUGGUAAUUACAUAUUUAAAUUUAUUGAAUAAUAAUCAAUAUUCAUUGAAAAAUAUUUUUAAAAAGAUUCCUGUUAUGUAUAUUAAUUGUAGUACAAUUAUUAAAUAAUACUGAGUGUUACAGGUAGUAUAAAGUGAUAAUUUACAAUUCUAAAUAAUUUAAAUUGUAUAACAGUUUACUUAAGUUUUAAAUUUUCAAAGAAAACUUUUAUUCACUUUUAACUCUGUAAGGGUUUAAAUAUAUAGUUUAUUCUAAUUUAAUUUUUAAAUGUAUAUAUCUAAUAAUAUUAAUUAAAUUAAUACAUAUAAGUAAAAUAGAAGAGUUUUUGUCUCAUCUAAUUUUAUAGAAUUAGCUUAACAGAUUUAGAUAGUAUUUUCAAACAGGUAGAGGUUUUUGUAAAGAGUAAUCUAAAUUGCUUUUUACCUCAGAAAUAUUAGUUUCCUGCAUAAAAAUGAGAAAACUUAAAAUUAGUGAUUAACUUAACCUUGACAAAAAAUGUAUACCUAAUUCAAGGUGAAUUUAUAGGUAUGUGAUUAUUUGACAAAUAGUAAAUACACCAUAGGUAAUACUUUAAUUAUUAUAAAUAAUCAAUAGUAUCAAUUAUCCUUACAGAAAUCUGAAAAAUAAAAUAUCAGUUGUGGAUCUAAAGAAAUAAAAUAUCAGAUUAGAAUUUUACUUUUAAAAAUAGUUUGGUAGGAGUGUACUUUUUUGUGUAUGAAAGUACUUUUAAUUGCAUUUAACUGAGCAUGUUUAUUAUAUUAUAAAGGUUAACUGAGUUGAGGGUGAUACAUGUUUAACUAAAUUUCUUAAAUUGAUUUUUAUUUUGAAAACAUUUUUAUUUAUUCUAGUAAUUAAAUUAUCACUAAUAGUUUCAGUAGAACCAUGUGAAUUUCUUCCCUAAAGUAAAUGGGAUAUUAAUAAAAUAAAGCAUUGAGUAAAGGUGAAUGUUGGAAGAAAAUGGAGUGUUGGAGUAGAUACCUGAACAUUUGAGACAUUUGGUACAGUCAACAUUAAUUAUCUUUCAUAGGAGUAUACAACUAUAGUGAUCCAUAUGAAAUAAAAUCAAAACAAAUAAGGACACAAGGAAAUUAUUUUUAUUUUUGGUUAACUAUAAGUGCCCCUCUUAUUUUCUGAUCAUAUAAAGUAUUCAAUGGAUUUUAAUAAGUUUAAUUUCACUAAUUGAUUGUCUCAAUUUAUAAGAAAUUCUUAAUUUAAAUUACAUCUACAAUAGAAUUAAUUAAAUUUAUCAGUUUUUUUUUUUCAGUCAUUUUCUGUUUUCUCAAUAAUUACAAAAACUACCCAAUUAAAACAAUGAAAUAUAGGUAAUAUUGCAGCACGCCGAAACCUAUAAAUUUUUUUUUUCGGGUUUUUCCUACAUUUUUUUGAUAAUCCAUUGGAUAAUAAAAAAAUAAUCUCUACUGCACCAACUAGACAAGAUUUUAAGAUUGCAAGUUAUUUAGAGACGAUAAAAUGGACAUCAUAGUAAAACCAAUUGAUCCCUUCUAUACUCAACUCAAGAAAGUCGGAAUUUUUUUUGAAAUUUAAAUUUGUAUUAUGAAAACCAUAUAAAUUACAGUAUUUUAUGUGCUGUUUACUAAAUUAUGUGAAUAUUAUAAUUUUGUUAACCAAGAAAAAUGUUCACUCAAAAUUGUUUUUCGUAAUUAAUGAUUUAUUGUUAAGUUCCAAUAUAAAUUAUAUUUUCUUAAUGCAAAGCUUUCCAAUUACAAAAAUGGCACACUUUUAGUUUGAUUGAAGUUAGUCAGAUUUUUUUCAAAAUCAAAGUAACAAUGUGAUUUUAUUUUUAAGUUUUAUUAAAUAUGAGAAUAUUCGUAGUUCUGUAAUUAUUUUAUAAAAUAUGAAUAGUAUUCAUUGACUUUUUUAAACACAGUUUUAACAUUUAAAAAAAAAAACUUCUAGUCUGAGAUUCAAAUCUGGUCUAUUCUGCUUUUUUUAAUGUUAUUGGAUUUUUAAAAAUGUUUAAUAUAAUGUGUACAAUUUAACUGUUAAACAAAAAUAUACCAUGUUAUUAUUAUAUAUUCUUUUAGAAAGUAGUAACACAAAAACAAAUGGUUGCUAGUCAUAUAGCUGGUAUGAUGGCCUCACAAGAUCUUCGUAUUGUUGUUGGUGCUAUGCAAAUGGCCGAAAUUUUGAUGCAAAAAUUACCCCAAGUUUUUGAAACUCAUUUUAUACGUGAGGGUGUUAUGCACCAAGUUAAACAUUUAGCUGAAGCUGAUAUUCAAACACCUGUAAAGUCUUCUCCUUCUACAUCAAAUGCUGGAGUUGAAGGAUUACCUGGGCCAUCUAGGAAUACUCCAAAUGGUUACUUUUUUACAUUUUUAAAAGUCCAACUUUUCAUGAUUUAUACAUUUAAUUAAAUUAUUUUUAAUAUAUUUUUAGAUAAUGCACUUAAUCAAUGUCUUAUACCAACUGAAAAUGGAAAUAAUGAAAUUCAAUCAACAAUUAGUGGUCCUGAUGUUGAAUUAGGGCCAUUGCCUGAUGCUAGUGUUUUAACUCAAGUUGCUCAACGUUGUUCAGCAAAGUAAUUAGAUAUUUCUAAAGAUAUUAGCCCUCUACAUAAAAUUGUGAGGACUGAAAUAAUACUAACACACAGGACAAAUUAAAUUCUUUAUUCACUUUUUACAAAUUAUUAAAAGUUUACCUUUUAGUUCUUCUUUAAUAAUUGCAUUUUUUAACUAAAGUCUUAAUUAUAUGGAAUGAUAUUAUUGCUAUGAUUUUUUUAGUCGUAUGUCUGAAGUAUUUAAACGAAAUAAAAAACACAACAAAAGACAAUCUGCUAGUGCUGCUCGAAAAAAGGGUAAUCAAGAUAUUGAGAUUAGCGAAGUGCAAACUGUGGCUGGAACUAGUAACAGUAGUAAUACUAUUACACCAAACCCUGCUCAAACAUUAACAUUACAUGAGUAUUUCAUAUCAAAAGGUAUAUUUUUAUCAUAUUCAAAAUAUAUUUACUAAAAUUAGUUUAAUUAAAUUAAAGUAUUCAAUUUUUGUAUGUUAAAAAAAUUAACAAAUUUAUAAAGAAUUGUCAUAGAAUGUAAUAGUAAAACAAUUGUACAUUUUUUAUUUAAAACUGAUGAAUCAACUAAAAUUUAAAUGUGAAUCAAACUGUGUUCUGCAUUCUUUGCAACCAAAUCAAACUCAACAAAUAGUUCAAAAAUCUGAUGAAAUUUGUAUUUUUUAACUUCAAGUAUUUUAUUAUUCAUUAGUACUGAAAAUAAAAUGACUACUGAUAACUGAAUUGUAAACAAUUGGUGGAUAACCCCCCCAACAUUUAUUUUUUAUGGACAAAUACCAUUUCAUAUUUUAUUAUAUGGGGUGAUCAAUCUAUUAUAAGACACUCAUUAUAUCCCUAAGUAUUAACUUUUUCCAGAACAUUUAAGAAACAAACUGCUCUACAAUUUUAUGUUUACAUUAUUUUUUGUCAACCUCAUUUUUGGGUGUAAAAUCACUACCUACUUUUGAUUUUACCCCCAAAAAUAACAUAAUUGUAGAGCUGCGUAAUUCUUAUAUUUUAUAAAAUAAAUUCUAAAAAAAUUUAAUACUUCCCGAAAUAUUGAGUUUCUUACGAUAGAUUGAUCACCCUGUAUAUAGGUAUAUGUAAUAUAUAACUGUCCUAAUAUUUUAGUUCAAGAUUGGUAUGAAUAUAAAAAGUUCGGUUACAAAAUAUUUAGUUUAACCCAUCUAUCUCUACCAAAAUAAGUUUUCUACCGCUCAUGAUAAUUGAAUUUUGAAAGUUGAUUUUGAUUUAUAAAGGUUCUCAACCAUAUAUAAUAUUUGAAUAAUAAAUAUAUUGUCUGUUAAGUCAGUUCAUUAGAAUGCACUCUAUAAUUAUUUUUUAAUUUUAGGUGGAAAUACUGCUUCGCGAGCUGUUGGUGUUAAUUCAUCAUCAAGAACAAGGUUUUCCAAUUCAAAUUUUAAAACUACAGGGUUUCUAGCAUCAUUAAAUCCAGCACGUCUUUUAAGAAGUACAGAAAGGGCAUAUGCUAAAGUAAUAAUACUAUUAAUAAUAUCUGAAUGAUUAUUCUUAAAUUAAUUUAAUAUACAUAUUAAUUAAGGAAUUGAGCAAAAGUUUAGUUGGUAAUACAUCAACUUCUACAAAUACUGCAUCAAAUUUAAGUGCAGUUAAUAAAGAGAAGGCUAAAUUUUGGGUAAAAGAAAGAGCAACCUACUUUUUGAAUGCCUAUGAUAAAAGUAUAAAAGAGGAAGAAAUGAGCAGUGAAAAUGAACAAUCUGAAAGCAUUUUAACACGCCUUACAAAAGCUAUUAGUAAAAUGCAGAAUGAGGUAAAAUUUGAAAAUAUAUUAUUGUGCUUAAUAUUAAUAUCAUUUUUGUUUUAUGAAAUAGGAAAAUGAAGAUAUUAAUGCUCUGUUAGAACUUAGAGAAAUUGUACUUACCUCAGAUAUAUCACCUUUUGAAGUCAAUCAUAGUGGAUUAAUUAGAUCACUGAGUGUAUAUUUAACUGAAAUGACAUUAGGAUUGGAUCAUAGAAAUUGUCGAUUGCGAAAGUUUUUGCAUGUUUUUGCUGGAUAUCCUGUAAGUAUAGCUAAUACAAAUGUAAACAAUUGUAUUAUUGAUAUAAUUAGUUUAUUCCUAUUUAAUAAUUUGAUGUUUAAAACUGACUAAGUACUGUGUAUUAGAAAAUAUCCUGUGAAAAACCCAACCAAGUACUAAGUAUUGAAAAAGUGGCGGGCUAGAUCUAAAUGAGUACCUGCAACAACUCUAAUAUAAAUUACACAUUUAUGUACAUAUCUUGACUAAUAAUAACUCAUAAAAACUACUGAAGGCUGAAAGGAUACUCAUUAAAUGGGUAUAACAUGGCUUUUGGUGACUUCGUUCAUAGUUUUUAAAAUAUAACUUAUGAAUGGUAGCUUUUUUCUCCCUAUAAAAUUAAAAUUUGAAUUAUUAUCUCUGUCGAAUAUAGAAAAAUGUUGUCACUUCCAAAUACAAUAUUGUGUAUUUAAACUUAACAUUUUUCAUAAGAGCAUCUACUACAAUUAAUUCUAAGAUACAUAUAAUACAAUUGAAACAUUUACAGUACAACAUUAUUAUCUAAUUUAACAUUUUGUGAUUCUUAAAUUAAAGGUAGAAUGGAAAUUUAAGAGUAGAUUAAUUUGUAUAUGUUUACCUAUUUCAAAAAUUAUAAUGUUACUUUAUUUAUAUUUAUAGAUUUUUUUUAAAAAUAUGGAUGGUAACGAUAAAAAUAAUGUUAUAUUUGUCAAUUAUUUGAAAAACCUUAUUUUUGUUUUAGCUUGAUUGUUUUGAACCAUUUACCACAAACAUUGAAAACAACCAAUUAGCUCGGCCAUUUUCAGCAUUAAUCGGAAAAUUAGGAAGUUGUGUUUCGCAAUUAGAACAAUUUCCAGUAAAAGUACAUGAUUUGUCAACCGGUGCUGGAAAUAGUGCUUUAAAGUUUUUCAAUACACAUCAGCUUAAAGUAAAUUUUGUGUUGUUUUUUUUGCAUUUAAAAUCUUUUAUUAAAUUUAUAUCUUUUUCAGUGCCUUUUACAACGACAUCCAGAUUGUAAUAAUUUGAAACAGUGGAAAAGUGGAACUGUUAAAAUUGAUCCAUUAGCUCUAGUACAAGCAAUUGAAAGAUAUUUAGUAGUUCGAGGUUUUGCUCAUAUUAGAGAAAAUAAUCAAUCUAAAUCAGAUGAUGAUAAUUCUGAUGAUGAUAUAGAUGACACUUUGGUAAGUAUUAAACCUUUUUUUUUUUUUGAAAAUAAAUACAAUUAUGCUAUUUAUUAUAUAUUCAUAGAUAUAUUUUUUUCCCAAGUUAGGUUGAAUUCUAUGUGACAGAAGGGUAUUUUUAAAUUUAAACACCCCUAAUAAAGUCUAAAGGAUGCAUAUAUACAAUAUGCAAAAGUGUAUCAUGAAUAUUUCUUUUGGGGUUUCAACUUAAAACCUUUUUACAAUUUUAGAUCCUAAUUAAAGUGAGGAGUGUAUUUGUUUUACAGAGAGAUGUUUAUUAUUUUUAUAUUCAAACAACCUAUAAAUUCUAUCAAGCCAUUGGAGAUAUACUCCACUUUUAAAUAUGAGUUGAAGGAGAGUACUAGUGCAUUAUUAACACUGCACUCCAUAUCGUCACACAAAUGAUAACACUCCACUACUCUCCAACCCAACCUAAAAGUGGAAUAUCUGGCCCAAAAAAAAGAUUGCCACUUAAAAAUUAAAAAUAGGUAGUAGUUUCACCUACAAAAAUAAGGGUGCCUACCUAUAAAGCAGCUUGUUUCUGAAAUGUUCUAGAAAACAAAUUCCAGAAAAAGUUAAUACUAUCCGAAGUAAUAAAUGUGUACCCACUAAAAUGGAUCACCUGGUAUUGUUGACAAAGCAACUCCAUUCAGAAUUAUUUUUUCUUUUAGCAAUAGUUUAUUGUUACUCAGAUAUAUAUUAAAUUUACCCUCUUUUACCUUCUCAACAUUUCACCUACAAUAGUAUGCACCCACGUGCAAAAUUCCCAGCUUUUUUUAUUCCACUUUUUAUUUUAGGGGGAGUUAUGAAAUACUAUAUAAAUGUCUUGUACCGUUUUACCAUAUAAAUGAUAAUCCACUUCUCUCCCCUUACCUAAACUUUAAAGUGUAAUAUCUCAUUAAUGUGAUCAUAGAAUCCAAAAUUUGAACACCAAAAUAUUUUUAAAUUAAUACUCCAUUUAUUAUUUUAGAAUAUUCAAUUUAUAUUGUCAUUGAAAAAUCUAAAUUGAAUUUGUUUUGUCAUAAAUAAUAGUGGUAUAACAUUUUGAAGCAGCUUGUCUCUUAAAUUGUUGGUUCUUAAUUUUUUUUGAAAUAAGGAGUGUUUUUUCACGUUAAAUGAAUUGUCCUAUAUAUAUCUUAACAUUAUUUGUAACUACCAUCAAUAUUGGGUAGAUAGGAGAAAUUUGACAAGCAAUGGACUCCUGUGUUUGUCCUAAGGGUAGCUUUUUCGUAGUAUAACCAAAAUAUAUGCUGCAAAUAGUGUACAUUUAUUUAUUCAUUAAAAUUUAAAACUUUUUUCCCUAUAAAAACAAAUAAUUGUGUCGAUUUAUAAAUUCAAAAUUAUUUAAAACAUUAAAAACUUUGUUUAUUUAAAGAUCUAAAGGUCUCUUUACUUUUCUUUUUUUUUAAUUGUAGGCUGCAGUUGUAAUUGGACAAGGAUCAGCUAGACAUAAACUGCAAUUUCUCAUAGGAAAUCAUGUACUUCCUUAUAAUAUGACUGUUUACCAAGCUGUGCGUCAAUUUUCCACAAGUAGUGACAUGGAAACUGACAAUGAAUCUGAAUUACCUUUGGGAUCUGCUGGAAUUUGGGUGCAAACACAUACUAUUUAUUACAGGUAUAAUGCAAUUUUUUUUGUUCUGGAAAUAUAUACUUUUAUUUUAUUGUCUUACUUAUAAAAUACAUUUUUUUUUAUACCAAGACCCCUGCCAGAAGACACAGAAGUGCAUUCGCCUAAACCUACUACUAGUAAUUCUGGUAAAAAGGGUAGACCAGGAACUCAUAAAAGUGCUUCUAAAAGAGUAAAAGACGAAUUAUGGUUAGGUAAGUCAAUAUUUUAAAAUUAUAAUCAUUCAUAUUAAUAUGUUAAUAUUUAUUAUGAAUACAUACAAAUUAACAAUUAUGAUUUUUUCAGAAGGAACUGUGUCUCCUUUAAAAUCUUUACUUGAACCAUAUCUUCAGUUAUCAUUGCCUGAUUAUGUUCAAAUUCAAGAUCCUUCAUUACCUGUACUCAAUCUUUUACGGGUUUUAAAUGCCAUUAAUAGGUAUUGGACGUCACUUUAUGCAACACAGCUUCAUAACAACUCUAUUAUACCAUUUAAUGUACGUAAAAAAAAGAUAAAUAAUGAUAAUACCAAAAAAAAUAAAAUGUUGCAAAAUAUAUAUAUAUAUAUAUAUAUAUUUUUAGGAAUUUAUUAAUGCGAAAAUAUCGGCAAAAGCAAAUAGACAGCUUCAAGACCCAUUAGUAAUUAUGACAGGAAAUUUACCUGGUUGGCUUCAACAAGUAGCAUCAGCAUGGUACAUUUAGAAAUUUGAAUUUUAAAAAUAAAGUUUAUUUCAUUUACCUUUUUUUUUUUCUAGCGCAUUUUUGUUGCCUUUUGAAACUCGACAACUAUUAUUUUAUGCAACUGUAUUUGACAGAGAUCGUGCUUUACAACGUUUAUUAGACUCAAGUUCAGAACUCCAAGGUACUGGAAAUAAUACCAGUGGUGAUAUGCAUGAACGUGUAGCACCUCGUUUAGAUAGGCGUAAACGGUCAGUAACUAGAUCUAACAUACUUUCUCAAGCUGAAGCGGUGAUAUCUGAAAAUGCAAGUUCACGAGCGUUGCUAGAGAUACAAUAUGAAGAUGAAGUAAUUAUAAAUGAAUUUGGUACAUUUGAAUAAAUUAUAAAUAAAUUUUAUGUUUUUAGGUGGGAACUGGUUUAGGACCAACUUUAGAAUUUUAUGCAUUGGUUUCAAAAGAGUUACAAAAAGCUGAUUUAGAAUUAUGGAACAAUCCUUCAAAGUCUGAAUCAGACAUUUAUGUCCAUUCACCUGAAGGACUUUAUCCCAUUCCAUUAUCUCGAUCUUCUAAAUUUACACAUUUAGUUAAAAUGAAAUCAAAAUUUAAAUUCUUAGGAAAGUUUAUGGCUAAGGCUAUUAUGGACUCAAGACUAGUAAGCUAAUAUUAAUUUAUUUGGUGUAAAAUUAUUAUUUAUUAUUUUUGUGUUUUUAGUUGGAUUUACCUUUAAGUAUUACCAUGUAUCGUUGGUUAAUGGGGCACGAAAACUAUCUCUCUCUCAGUGAUCUUUCAUAUAUAGUUCCUGAUUUAUAUAAAACAUUGUUAAAACUUCAUCAAUUAGUACUUGAAAAAAGAGUAAUUCUUAUUGAUAAUUUGCUUAAUGAUGAACAAAAAACUGAGAAGGUAGAUUAUAAAAUAAUUAUUAUUUAUAACAUUAUUAAAACAUGAUUUAACUUGUUAUUUUAGAUUAACAAACUUAAUUUAGAUGGUUGUUCUGUAGAAGAAUUAGGACUGAAUUUCACAUUGCCAGGACACCCCACUGUAGAAUUGUAUAAGAAUGGUCAAAAUAUAGAUGUUACAAUACAUAAUUUGGAAAAAUAUAUACAAGUAUAUUUUUAAACAUUCAUAAAUGAUCUUUUUUUUCUGAGAUCACAAUAUACCUAGUUAUUUAAAUUAUUUUAGCUUAUUUGCCAUUGGUAUUUGCGAGAAGGUGUUUCAAAACAGAUGGAAAGUCUCAGAGAAGGAUUUGAAAGUGUAUUUUCUCUUAAACGCCUUGGACAAUUAUUUUAUCCUGAAGAACUAGAAGCAAUAUUUUGUGGGCAUACAAAUACAACUAAAAAUUGGGAUGUACGUAUGUUGUCUGAAGCAUGCCGUUUAGAUCAUGGAUAUACAGCCAAUUCUAGAGCUAUUGCUUUUCUAUUCAAAAUAUUAUCAGAGUAUGAUCAUCAACAACAAAGGGACUUUUUAAGAUUUGUCACUGGAGCACCUCGUCUUCCUGUUGGUGGUAAAUAUUUUUUUUAAUUAUAUACUUAGCUGUUAUGAAAUGUUUAUUCUUAAUUUUCAGAAUCAAUUUUAUUUACUAAUAAUAAUAUACUGUAUUAUUAACAAAUUAUUAAAUUUGAAAUAUUAUAUUUUUUUUUUUAUUUUAUUCACUUUGUUUGAAUUUCAAAUAUUUUGUUCAUAAUAUUUUGUUACCUUAUUAUAUUUAAUAUUUAGAGCAAAUUUUUCCCUUAUCCUUAAAUUUUGAAGUAGACAAUCUUGGUCCUUAACCUUUAUCUGACUUAGCCUUCCAUAUUUUUAAUAUUAUCAUCUAAAAUUGUUCUUUCACAGUUAUUAUAAAUUAUGAACACAAAAUAUGUUUAAAUUAUUUUUCAGGAUUCAAAUCACUUUCACCAUCAUUAACUAUUGUGCGAAGAAUAUUUGAAGAGAAUGACAAUCCAGAUGAUUAUUUACCAUCUGUCAUGACAUGUGUUAACUACCUCAAACUACCAGAUUAUUCCAACAUCGAUAUAAUGAGAAAAAAGUUACAAAUGGCUGCAUCUGAAGGACAACAUUCCUUCCACCUUUCAUAA